AACAUCUCCGCCCCCAGCUCGCCCUGCCUCCCUAGAGCUCUCCCGGCCCGCGCGCGCGGCCAGUGCAGACCUCACGGCUCGACAGGCGGCGCGGGCGACGGUAAAAUGUCGGCUCCAGGAUCUUACCAGGCAGCUGCAGGCCCUUCUGCAAUGCCCACUGCACCCCCAACCUAUGAAGAAACAGUGGGUGUCAGCAGUUACUACCCAGCGCCCCCAGCGCCUGUGCCAGGGCCAGCCACAGGACUCAUUACAGGCCCGGAUGGGAAGGGCAUGAAUCCGCCUUCAUACUAUACCCAGCCUGUGCCUGUUCCCAAUGCCAACGCAAUUGCCGUUCAGACAGUGUAUGUGCAGCAGCCUGUCUCCUUUUAUGAUCGACCUGUCCAGAUGUGCUGUCCAUCCUGCAGCAAGAUGAUCGUGACCCAGCUGUCCUACAAUGCCGGCGCCCUCACCUGGCUGUCCUGUGGCAGUCUGUGUCUGCUGGGGUGCAUCGCUGGCUGCUGCUUCAUCCCAUUCUGCAUAGAUGCCCUGCAAGAUGUGGACCAUUACUGCCCCAACUGCAAAGCACUCCUGGGCACCUACAAGCGCUUGUAGGACUUGGUCGGCCAGCCAUAGGGGAGAUGGUAGAUACAUGCUACCGGAAGUCUCCUGACCCUUGCCCAGCCCACCCAGAAGAGGCACCUAUCUUGAUUUCAUCUCUUCAUGGGCUCCAUCUUCAUGUCUUUUGGGAGGGGGGUGGUGUCAAAAAAAAUAACAGAUCUCCAAACCCCAGAAGGUGCUGCUUGGAGUUAUGGCCUGCACAUGCAGAGACAUGGACCUUGAGUGUUUCAAGUGCUUACUGCCUGCCCAAGUCACCCUCACUAACUAACUGUGAUUGUUAUCCUGUUACCUCUCCGCUGAUCUGCCAUUGGCUGGCUCCUCUUCCUCCUCAGUGGGCCUUCCUGGUGGCAGUGUCAAAACCAGAAGCCAGUUUGCCUUACUUUCACUGUUUAGCCUGAUCUGUCUCUCCUCAUCCCUGAUGGCAGAGACCUUGCCUUAGAGACUAUGGUUCUGUAAUUGCAGACUUCUGACUCUCAGAAUCACUUUAAUUUCAUAGGUUUUUUGUUUUGUUUUCCAAGUACACAGAAGGGCUGCCAACACCCACCAGACAUAUACAGAAAGGUCACAAGUACAAAAUAAGAACAGUUGAGCCAGGGUUAGUCACAGCCCUUCCUGCUCUGCCCCACUCCUGGGGUGGGGGGCUUCUUCUCACUAUCCCGUGAGCUCCUGUUGUUCUUAAAGCCCAUGUGGAAGUUACUUGGCAGGGGGCAUUUCUAGAAUAAUUUUAAUACAUCCUUCAUUUUUCCAUUUGCUGGUGUGUUUUUAGUUUUUUUUUUUUUUUUUUAAGUUUUGAUAAACAGUCUGGCUGUGUUGCCCAGCCCAGCCUUGAACUUCUGGGUUCAAGUGGCCCUUCAGUCUUUGUCUUUCAAAUACCCAGAUCUCUAGACAUGUACUUCUGCCCCUCCUGAGGUUUUGUUUUGCUUUUCAACAAAUAGGUAAUUUCAUCCACUGCCAAGUGGAUUUGAUGUGAUUUUGAAAACCUUGUCUGUGUGGGCCUUCUUUGGGGAAUAAAGGGGACCCUGUUUGAGCCCAUACUACAAUGCUGGGAGCUUAGACGCUGGAGCACCCUCAAGAGAGCCUGAAGUAUGGUUUUAUUUUCAGAGAUGAGCUCUGUGGACCCAGCAUGGUUGUCAGUACCAGAGGCAUGUUGGGACACCUUCCAGGGUGACCACUCUGUCAUGUUUAACAUGACACAGCCCAGCCAGCUUUACAGGAGGCCCUGUUGCCAUCUGAAACACAUGCAGGAGCUGCUGCAAACAAUGAUGUGUGAAGUCAGCCCACCCCUGAACUGCAUAUUGGUUAAGAUACAGUUCUAACAAUUGUCUGAGCUGUUCACACAAUGAUCCAGGAACACUGGACAUCAUUUUAUUUUUUUUUUUUUUUUUUGCAGUGAAUUAUGGGUACCAUAUAAGACUUUGGUGUUAUCUGCUUUUAAACAAAUAAAAUCUUUGGUCACUCGGUGAGUGAUUCAGUUCACUUGCUGUGAAGAAA